AUACACUCAAGAUGUCUACACUCGAGUUAUACUGGCCAUUAGCGUCUAGUAAAACUUCUGAGAGACUAAAAGCUAGUACAGAUCUACUUAAACUUUUAUUGCAAUUCCAGCAAGAUUUUACACCGAUAGAAGACGAGAACGACGACGAAGACGCUGAUAACAGCCAGGAUGAGGAUGAGAAGGAGGAUAAAUCUGAAGUUAAAUCUAUAGAGACUUGGAUAGAGAGAAGACACGCACCAGAUGUCUCAUACGCCAUAAAACGUCUGAUUAGAGGUCUGUCUUCUCCAAGGGAAUAUUCUCGCGUUGGAUUUGCUGUUACGCUUACAAAAUUACUUUCAAAUCUGCCUCUAAUCGAGUUAUCGCACAUUCUUCCAUUAGUAAAGCACCACACAGAACCAGUAGGAAACAUCAAAGGAUCUGAGGAGAGAGACUUGAUAUUCGGUAGAUUAUUCGGUAUACAAGCACUCAUUGACUCAGGAUUGAUCGUCAAACAAUCAACAACUCUUGAAGAUUUCAAGCAAAUUAUCAUCAACCUCACUGAUCUAGGAAGAUCGAAGGUCUGGCUUAAGGAAGCUACAGGAUGGACUACUCUCAAUGCCUUAAAGCAAGUUACAAAGAAUAAAGUAUCUUGGUUAGCAGACGCUGUUAAUGUAACCCUUGAUAUUCUUUUCCAAGGUGAAGAAAAAGAUAUUUGGGGUCCAGAAAAGUUGGGUAUUUUACUUUGGUUAGAAGCAAACCAUAAGGAUAUCGAUUACGUACCACACGUUCAGCCAAUUUUCAAGCAUCCUUUACCACUUGCUUCACAAAAUCUGACUGUUUUAGCUCGCGUUUUGAGAGAAGCUUCAGCUGAUGUUGAGAAAGCAAACCCUGGUUCAGGUGUAUGGAAACCUCAAUUACAUUGGAUUUGGCCACAAAUUUUAGAUAUUUAUUUCUCAGAUCAACAAAACGACGCAUACAAAUCACGCGCACCAUUUCAAGAAUUUUAUAGACAUUGCAUAGAUGAAUCAUUAUUCCAAUCAAACAUCUCACCUCAACGCAAAUACUGGGGUUUCUCCGUCUUCAGUUUGGCUUUACCACGUUUGACUGUUGAAGAUCUGGGCUCAUUGUUCACACCAAAUUUCAUGCGCACUUGGAUCAAUAACCUCCGCGGUGAGGAUAGAUUACUUCACAAGGCAGCUAUGAAAAUUGCCCAAGAAUUGCAGCCACUUAUUGCACAAAAUCCUGAAUUAGGUUUACCACUUAUUUUACAACUCCUUGGUAAACAUGGUAGUGCAAACUUUGACAAAUUGACCGGAACAAAGACUGUCGCAAAUAUCUUAACAUCAAUGACUGCUGAUGGUGUAACCCAAUAUGUUGAACAUAUUCGUCAAUAUAUCCACGGUGAAUCAUCAGAUAUCAAGCAACGUAAAUGGGCAUUAGAUCAAUUGUUAUCACUCAUUCGUAAUUCUCAAAUCCCACAUAGCGAUGAAUGGAUCUGGAGUGUAUUGGAAUGCUUCACAUUAAAUGGUAUUUUCAUACCUCGUAAAGCUUCAUCAAAGUCUAAACAUGAAAUACUCAAGAAUCCACCUCAACCACCACUUUCAGACACUGACAGGGCGACAGCUCGCUCCCACAUGCUCUCAACUUUGGCUGAACUAUCAAAGACUCCGGAUGCGAAGAAAUUAGUCGGUGUGACCAAAGAUGGUGAGCUCUGGGUGAAAAGGGUAUACGACCUCAUCACAUCUGUCGAGAAAGACAAGAACGUCAGCAAGGCUAUACAAUAUGAAGAUGAAGUGAUAUCCGCUCGUAAAGAGGCAUUGGAUAGCUUAAGCAAAGUCAACAAGAAAGGAAAGGGAUCGGAAGUCCGUCAUCACGCUUACGAACUCUUAUUAUUGAGUGUCAUUCUUCAAUCAUAUGAUAAUAUUGAUGGUAUUUCUGAUGUUUUGGAAGAAUUAGCUAGUGCUUCUUCAAUGUUAUUCGCUGCUAAGUCACCGAAGAAAAACAAGAAAGCUGCAACUGAAGAAGAAGGCGAAGAGCCAUCAGCAGUUGCCGUACUUGUUGAUGUUUUAGUAUCAUUACUUGAGCGUUCGUCAGUCUUCUUACGUACUAUGGCCAUCAACGCUUUCACUGCAUUUACAUCCGAAGUCGACGAGGAAGCAUUGGAGAUGAUUCUUGGUCAACUCACUUCACAACCUGGCGAUGAAGGUGUAGAAGAUGAGGAGAUGGAAGAGGGUGAAGGCGAAGGUGACGAUGAUGAAGAUCAAGGAGAUGAUGAAGAAGAAGCAGAAGAUGAAGUUGCCUCUGAGAUGAGUGAUGAUGACAACGAAGAUGAUAUCAAUGAAGCUGUCGAUCCAGAAUUUGAGCGCAAAUUAGCUAAAGCUUUAGGACAGCCUAUGUCUGACGAUGAAGACGACGAUAGUAUGGAACAAGAUGAAGAUGUAGAUAAUGGCGAUGACAUGACCGAUGAGCAAAUGAUGAUGCUUGACGACCAACUCGCUGAGAUCUUCAAAUCUAGAGUUGGAGACAAGAAAGCUAAGCAGGGUGCUCAACGUGAAGCUCAACAUGCUAAGAACAGACUGAUAGACUUGUUAGAUGUUUACGCUAAGAAGCAAUCAUCCAAUUCAUUGGUCUUGAAACUUAUACUUCCACUUUUGGAGAUCGUCAUCAACGCUGGUUUGACUGAGCAACAACUCUCAUCUAAAGCUACUUCAAUUCUUAAGCAACGUUUGGCUAAAGCUAAGGAUAUCCCAACAUCUAAGCUCAACGAGGAGGAGCUUUUGGGUAUAUUCGAAGAAAUACAUAAUGUCGCUAGAAAAUCAAGAACGAGUGAUAUUUUGACAACUUGCAACCAAUUAUCUUUAUACUUAUUUAGAGUCAUUACAUCAAAUUACAGCGAUAAACCAGCUGAAUCUAAAGCUAAGGAAAUUUACAUCUCAAGUUGGAAGGACUUUAGUAAUAGAAAGCACACACGCUUGAACCCAACUAUAUUCACUGACUACAUUCGUCGUUACCCAGUUCAAUCAUUUAGCUUGUUGGAUGAAUUCUUGCAUACAGCUAUUGAUGGUCAAGCAACGAAUAGCUAUAGACAGAUACAAUCAUUGACAAUGUUACAAACCCUCUUCGGACAACAUAAACAAUUGGUUGAUGUUGGAAAGAAGGACGAAAUACUUAAAUCCAUACCAAAGAUCAGACAAGGUGUCUACUCAUUCGUUGUAACAUCCUGUGAAUCAAAGGACAAGACGAACGCCAGCAAACUGAAGGAGGUAUUCAAAUGUGCGUUAGCUUUGGUAAGGAUCCAAAAGAAGAUUACAGAUGGUCCUGUCGAAGAAGAUUGGGAUGUUACAACAUUACAAUCGAUUAUAACUACUUUGGGUUCAAUUGAUAAAUUCAAAGGUGUUCAAUCAUUGGCACAGCAGCUCAAUGCUCUCGUUUCACAAUCACAAUCUAAGCCACAAUCGAAGAAGCGUAAGUCAAGCGUGAAUGGAAACCUUGAGCAAGAGCAAAACAAGAAAAACAAACAGAAGCAGUAGACAUUUUAUUUCACUUUAUUAUAACAUCGUAAAAAGUAUAAAAUCGUAAAAAAUGUACAACUAAAUUAAUUCAUUAUUUAUCCAUAAAAUAAGUGUGGUUUAAUGAAAAGGAUUAGGAUGAACACGCUCCUUUGCAAGCUGGUCAAGUUGCCUCCUAUAUUCCUUAUCCUCUUCUACUUCACGUUGUCGUUUCUCCUCAGCUUGUUGUUCCCUGUGUUGAUUGCGUAAUCUCUCACGUUCUUCUAAAUAGCUAUGGAAAGUAGUCUUUGAUCGACCUUCAGUUGAUAAAUUGAUAGCACUCGGUUGGGUAUUGGUCAUCUUCUCCCUAGCCAUUCUCUUUCGGUUUUCGAAAUUUCUCUUAGAUUUCUCAUGAAGUUCACUGAAAUUUGGCAUAUCACUACUGUGGAAUUCCCGUUGAUCUUUCUCAAACUGUCUCCAUUGUUUGACGCGAUUUUUGAAUCUUUCAGAAUGCAACUGGUGUCUCUCAUCCGAUUGGAAAUUGAAUGUCUUUAAUUCUAUAUUAGUUAUUAAGUUGUUGGGCGUCAUAGACCGUCUCAGCUUUUCCCUCUGCUCUUCCAUUGUCCUGAUUGACUCAAGUCUAUGAGAUUUCGUAGGUGAUGGGAAUACAGCAUUUCGUUUACGUCGCUUGCUAGGUGAUGGGUUGGAUAUUGCUGGUGCACCUCGCUUCAAGGAGUCCGCAUAGUCACGUUGUCUCUCUCUAGCUGUCUUACCAUCAACCCUGAGUGGACUACUUGUGGAUUGUGUUGGUAUUAUUCGACGAUGACGAAUGUUCUUAUUGAGGUAUGGUGAUUGGUAUGAUUUCUAUUA